GUCAGUCUGCCGGCAGACAGUGUCCGUAGUGGUCCACUCGUAAGUUUUCUGGUUUGGUUUGGAACUUGUUAGUGCGUCGCUUUAAAAUACUCCACCAAAAUGGCAAACCCAGAGCUCCCGGCGGUGCUGGAGAAACUUUUCAGCCACAUCGAUGCAAAUAAACCCCGUUACAUCGAUGCAUUGCGCGAAGCGGUUGCGAUCAAAUCUGUGUCAGCGUGGCCGGAGUCUCGUCCGGAAAUUUUCCGCAUGGUAGACUGGGUGGCCGACCGGCUGAAGAAGCUUGGGGCCAAGGUUGAGCUGGCCGACGUCGGCAAGCAAAAGCUUACUGAUGGCCGUGAACUCGAUCUGCCGAAGGUUAUCCUUGGUGAACUGGGUAAUGACGCCACGAAGAAAACCGUAUGUCUGUACGGUCACCUGGAUGUGCAGCCAGCGAUUCUGGAGGAUGGUUGGGCAACGGAACCGUUCGUGUUGACUGAGAAGGAUGGCAAGCUGUACGGCCGCGGCUCUAGUGACGACAAAGGGCCUGUGCUGGGAUGGCUUCACGCCAUCGAAGCAUUCCAGGCGAUCGGAGAACCACUACCGGUAAACUUGAAGUUUGUGUUCGAGGGCAUGGAAGAGUCCGGCAGCGAAGGCCUGGACGAGCUGCUGUACGCGCGUCAGAAAGACUUCCUGUCCGGCGUAGACUUCGUUUGCAUCUCCGAUAACUACUGGCUCGGUACGGAUAAACCGUGCAUCACGUAUGGUCUGCGAGGCAUCUGCUACUUCGAGGUCGAGGUGGGCUGUGCACACAAAGAUCUACACAGCGGCGUUUUCGGCGGUACCGUUUAUGAGGCGAUGAACGAUCUAAUUUACCUGCUUGGUACCCUUGCUGAUAAGGAGGGCCGUAUUCUAAUACCGAAACUCUAUCAAGAGGUCGCACCGUUGCUUGCAAACGAGCAGGCCAUCUAUGACGCUAUCCACUUCGACGUGGGUAGUUACCGGCAGGAGCUCGGUGCGCGCAAACUGAUGCAUAGCGAGGACAAAACGAAAAUCCUUAUGCAUCGUUGGCGUCAACCGAGUCUAUCGAUUCAUGGCAUCGAAGGUGCAUUUUAUGAACCGGGACAAAAGACGGUCAUUCCCAAGAAGGUGAUUGGCAAGUUUUCAAUUCGCAUCGUGCCCGAUCAAACUCCCGAGCUGACGGAACGGUACGUGGCAGAGUAUCUGAAUGCCAAGUGGGCCGAACGAGGCUCGCCGAAUCACUUCGAGGUGCGCAUGGCGCACGGCGGUAAACCAUGGACGGAGGAUCCGAAUCACCCGCACUACCAAGCGGCCCGUACGGCUACCAAGCAUGUCUACCAUGUCGAUCCGGAUAUGACCCGGGAGGGAGGAUCGAUUCCUGUCACUCUGACGCUGCAGCAGACGACGGGCAAAAACGUGUUGUUGCUGCCAAUGGGUGCUUCUGACGACGGCGCCCAUUCUCAGAACGAAAAGCUCGACGUACGCAACUACAUUGAGGGGACAAAACUACUCGGAGCAUACUUGUACGAGGUGUCCAAGAUUAGUGCCAACUGAUCGUUACUUGCUGUUAACCUGAUGAAGAACGAAAUACAUCACAAUUCCGCAUCACAUGCAACCGUGUUUCGAUCGUCGCGUUUUCCUAACAUCCCGGCUAUUUAACCUCUACUGUGGGAUUCUAAUAAAACUAAUUCAGUUUGCUAUUUUAACUGAUGUUUGUA